GAUCGAAUAAGGAAAGAGCGAGAUGCAGAUGCCCACAGUAUUUCAUCCACGUCAUCCAAUCACACAGAUAGGGCUUUAGCAAAUUUUCCUGAGUAUCAAGCAGUUGUUCCCCACGUUGCUAAGACUGUUGAUCAGAAAGUGUUAGAGGUCGUGCGAGCUGCAGAACAAUUGUUGCGACCUCUCACGCCAGAGUCGGCUAGUAGCACAGGUGGUGAGAGCUCCUCUGGUGGCAGGGAGACAAAAACAACCACUGUGGUGAUGAGGAAGCAUGUCGUAAAUCAUCCUCAACAAGCUAAUACACCUGCUGGCUCAAGGUCUACCCCUUCCCCUGUACCUCCUUUGGGGUACACUCCCUCUCCUACUUCUUCUCCUUUGCCUUCUUGCAACUGCACUUCUGCCCCAGUUCUGGGAGAUGUACAGCUGGAUACCAGUAGGAACUUGCUUCUUGAUCCAGUGGACUCUGGGAGGUACAAGGCACCCAAGGAUAACCAAGGACCUCCCAACAGUGUUGAGCCUGACCCUGCAAUUCUCUCUUUUGUCGAAAAGAGAAAGAAGUUUGAACAGGCUGCAUCUGCAUCCCCGUCACCACCACCCCUGCCUAGUGACAGAAAAUUUUCUCAUCAUGUAUCAGGACUUGAAACACAACAACAAGACGGUCCAGAACACACACUACCACCACCAACAGAGCAACCUGACCAAACUGUACAAGAGAUUAAAUGUGUAAAUAGUACACAAUCUGCAGAAUUCUCCAGCAAUCAUAAAGAAGGAUUAUUUGGUCAAAAUGGAGACAACAAUGAACAGAAAGACAACAGCUCUCUGGCAACAGAGUUACCAGUUACAGUGUCAGCUGUUCGCACAGCUAAAGCUGAAAGAAGACUGCAAGCCAAGCUGAAACAGGAGGGUCUGGAAAUUCCUGAAGAAGAAUUUGCUAAACUUACCCCAGCCCAGCAGAGGGCACUGCAAGCAGAAAAACGUUCAGCUUGGAGACAGGCAAGGCUUAAGUCGUUAGAAGAAGAUGCAUUUCGAGCCCAGAUGGUGAUUACCCGAGCUAAGAAGAUGGCUGAAGCAGCAAUGGAAGCAAGACCUGUUUCGCCUCCGCUGGAGGAUGAUAUUGACAAAGAAGAUUUCUCCCAAAUAUCUAACCCAGCCACCAGUGAGAUUCAUGAAGCAUUGUAUCAAAGUAAUGGAAAUGAAAAGCCAACCUUGGUAGACUUCCCUCGAUUGGUUCUCACUGCGCAUGAUGGAGAAACGCAUGUUGUGGAGCGAGAACAUGUGAUUGAUGAAAAUAUCACGCACAAGACAGAGCAAUACGUUGAUGAAAUUACUGGCGAAUUAAAGCUUGGGACUUUUCAGUAUAUAGAAAAAGUAAUUGAGAAAGAGAUUGAGACCACAACUGAGAAAGUGAUAGCUUUAGAACUAAAGACUGGACAGAAUGGCCAUGAUGAGAAUGCAGGGAUUUCUGAUGAGGAAGAGACCCUUAAUUCUGAAAAUAAUUUGGCCUCUUCAGUCCAAUAUUAUCCAGCAGAUGAACCUUCUUCUGCAGUAGUGUGUACACCAGGGAAAAAGAAAAAGAAGAGACAUUCCAAGAAAAGAUAAAAUUUCUAUUUGCUGUCAGGGGAAGGAAAUGUAUAGUUUUGUCAGGUCCAUGCUUACAUACAAAUUUUUUGUUGAUAGUUUUGACUGAUUAAGAUUGCAUGUCGUUAUUUUAAACUUGUACUGUUGCUUACACUUGGUGGUGUAUAUUUGGGGGCUGGCCUCUCAAUUUAUUUGAACAACAUCUAUAAAAUCAGUGUACACAUUUAUUUUUUGUUUUUAAUGGAAGCCAACUGUUUUUAAAAUUUGUGGCUUUUGUAUUCCGAAUGUAUUGUGUGUUUGAUAUUCUUGCUGUUGUGUGUCGACGUUAUUCUGACUGCUGUCAAAUGAAGAAUUUUCUUAUAGUAAAGAAGUAAGUAUUUCUAUCUGGGCAGCAACAUUCUGACAUUGUUGUUUUAUGUAAAGUACAUAACCAUUACAGAUCCAGUCAAGUUGCUACCUUGGUUGGACAAACCGGUUUCUCGCUAAUUUUAUAUAUUGUUCUGUGACUUGAAUUUCUGACUAAAAUAGAACAUUCCAUAUAUCUGGAGAAAAAUGUAUACUUGAACUAUAGAUGUUGAUAAACUAACAUUGUUUUUUUAAAAAAUGAUACACAUUCCAGUGAAGUUGCACAAGAAAAUUACUGUUACUUCAAUGUUUACUGAUAAAGCUUUCACUCGACAUACCACAUAUUUUAAUAUUUGUAAUCCCAUUCUACAAAUAGCCCGUUUAAGUUCUCUUUGAAUAAGAGCAUAAAUAAUGAAUAGUUUGUUCGGCAUUUUAUUUUAUGAAUCAUCCAUCAAAGCAUUUUAAAUUUAACCGGAGCAGUGAUUAAAGAAUGUUUUCUUUUUCUAGCCAAUUAGUAUCGAGGCAGUGCAUAAAUACUAGCCUUCAGUUAUAGUAGCAUCUCUGUUAUUUUCAAAACAUCACGUGUGUAUUUUAUUUUUUGUGAUAACUUCUAAUGUUCAAGAAAUUGGUUGAACAGUAACUAGUCUUUAUAACCUUCUACUGUUGGUAGAUUAUUACAGUUAUUGAUAUCAAAAGUAGUGGUACUUAGUAUCAUUGUAGUGCUUGUAGUACUUUUUCAUCCCGGUUUGGUGUAUGUCGUAACUUAUUGCAGUGUUGUACUUAAAUGUUGAUAUUUUGAGAAGGAAUUUAUGUAAUAUGUGUACAUCCUUUUCGAAAAUGUCACCUAUCAUCAAGAUGAUUUACGUACAAUGGUGGUCUAAUUCUUCAGCAUUCGGACAGACCAGAAUUCAUUAUUUAUUGCUUCUUUUAUGGGACCAUUCUAAAAAUUUUAUUUUUCUCAGUACAAAGUUUUUCAUGUGCUAUUUUGAUUUGUAAAAAAAAUAAAACUAAUUACUUUGGUGAUUUAAUUUAUGUGAAACGUUUUACACUAUAACUCUAAUAACUUGAUCUUGAGACUAUUUCCUGUUUGUUUGUUUUUUCAUGGAUAUUUUACACACACACACACAUACUAUUAUAUAUUAAUUUCAUGUUAGAUAGUGUUGUUAUCAGUUAAUUAAUAAUAAUUUUUUGUUUGGAGAAUGGUAGGUAUAAAUUAUUACCUUUCUAGUAUUAGAGCCUUUUUUUUUUUUGUAUAUACCAUGUUAUUCAUGGUGCUAGGCUUUUCUUAAGAAACAUAAAACCUUUGUCCAUGCGGCUUUAUGAUUCCAUCCAUCAGUAGAUUAUAGCUUUAGCUAAUGUUGUACUUUGUACACCAAAUAUAAUAUGUUCACAUUGAGAUAAGGCUAUGCUUUUUUAAGAAUGAAAGUUCUGUGAUUACUGUGUAGUAUGACAGAAAUUUUUGUGUAAUUUAAAAAUAUAACUAUUUUCUUCAACACAAUUUUGGAAAAAGAAAUAAUAAGAUGGUUAUAUACUGUGAAUGUUUUACCCAUUUUAAGUGUCAUUUUGACACUGAUCUUUAAGCUAGUGAGCACAAUGUAUAUCGUUUUGUCAGCAUAGAUUUUUUUUCACAUGUUGAAUGGUUAAGAAUAUCUUAUCCCAUCAAAGAAAUAAGCCCUUACAUAAUAACCUCUGACAUUUUUUUUAUGAAAGAUAGAAGCAUAAAAUGAUUUAAAUCGUUUCAACUAUAUGCACAGCAGUGUGAAAAAAGAAAAUUUAUAUUUAAUGUUUUUUUAAAGGUACACAGAACAUUUUUAUUAUUUAUUUAAAAUAUGAUUUUACAAAUAAAAACAAUCUGUUUUGAGAAAUCAAUAAAAUUUAGUGUUUCUUUUCUUUGGAAAUCCUUUUAUAGCUGUUAAUUUUUAUCUCCUUACAUUAUGUUGCACGACACUUUUGUUUAUAUCCUUUCUAAUCUGUAGGAUUGUGGUUCUAGUGUGCUUAUUGAAAGAGAAAUGUACAGGUGGUUUGCUGUGCUAAAAUAUUCUGUUUGUAGUAAUGUGCGUAUAAUCACUUUUUCUUUAGAUUAGAACAUGCACGUUUGGCUUACCAUUUCUUAGGCAUGAUCUUUGUAACCUUCAAUUUUAAGUCUCCCCAUUUAUAUUCCAACAAAUUUGUAAUUUUAUAGGUAAUGUGAUCUUGAAUGAAUAGUUUAUUCUGUUAAUUUUUCUUGUUCUGUAGCCAUAAAGAAACCUUGGUUAAUGAUAUCAAAUUUGGAUGGAUAAUUUCCAAAAUGAAAAGUUCAUUAUAGUCUUGUAUAUUUCUAGCAGUUGUUUGACUUAUGUCUACUUUCUGUGGCUUAGUGUACACAUUUUGCACUGUCAAAAACAUUUCUUUGUCCACAUCAGUUGUAGAAGGUGACAAGAAGCAUUUGAGAUGUUUGCUGAAAUUGUUUACCGUAUUUGAUAAGUUGAUGGAUGUAAUCAGUUUUAAAGUUAUGUUCAAACACUAGAUGGCGUAAUGAAACAUGUUAAGAUAUCUUUUUUGUUGUUGUUUUUCAAACGUAGCAUCAUUGAAACAGCUUUUACUAAAUAUUGAAAUUCAACAAAUGUUAGUACAUGUAUUUUAGGUAAAACUUGCAGGAUUACCUGAAUUUGAAAACUUAUUUUUAUCUGUGGUGAAUUAUACUGAAUUGCUGUUUCAAUUAAUUUCUUUGUUCUAAGACAUUAAUAUUCAACGAGACAGAGUAACUGAAACUGUACUGUGAUAAGCUUGUUAAAUGUAUAGUAUGUUAUAUGAUCUUGCCGGCACUUGUUAAAAAAAAAAAACCUGAUCUCAGUUACAUAAUGCAAGAAAAGCAUUAUUUUCAUGUCGUAUAAACUUUACAUGAUUGAGGCUUUAAUAUAGGCCACUAACUCAUUUUGUGGUCAACUACUGCCUUGAUAUCAUUGUAGAAUAAGCAGAAUAAAAGAAAUUGGAUUUGAA